AUGAACAUAAAUGGCACAAAAUACUACGAUACUGGUGACAAUGCAUGGAUGAUGACAUCCACCGUACUUGUUCUUCUUAUGACACCAGCACUCGCCUUCUUCUAUGGUGGUCUCGUUGACCAUAAAAAUGUUCUCAAUCAACUUUUCCUUUCAUUUAUAUGCAUGGGUAUCGUCUUUCUUCAGUGGGUACUGUUCGGCUUCUCUUUCGCUUUCGGCCCACCCGUCAGCCCUGGUUUCGGAUCAUUCGGAUGGUCUGUGCUACGAUUCGGUGAAUCCUAUAAUCCAAACUAUAGUCCCACAUAUCCUCUUCUCACCUAUUGUGCUUACCAAGGUACAUUCGCCAUCAUCACACCUGCUCUCAUCUCAGGCGCCAUCGUUGGUCGAAUGAAGAUCAUCCCUUACAUGAUCUUCAUUUUCGUUUGGUCAACAGUUUGUUAUGAUCCAAUGGCGCACUGGGUAUGGGGUGAAAACGGUUGGUUAAAACAAUUGGGCACACUUGACUUUGCAGGUGGCACAGUCGUUCACAUACUCUCAGGUGUUUCUGGACUUGUCGCAUCGAUUAUUCUUGGCAAACGACAUGACUAUGAUCCGAGAGGCACCCCUGCUCACAAUUUACCAUUUACCAUUCUGGGAACAUGUCUGCUGUGGGUAGGCUGGACAGGUUUCAACGGUGGAUCGGCGAAUUCAGCGAGUGGUUUGGCCGCACUCGCAGUGAUCAACACACAUACUGCGGCUGCGACUGGACUAGUCACAUGGGUAGUGAUCGAUGCCAUGCGUGGUCACGUCUCCAUUUCAGGAGCAUGUACGGGCCCCAUCGUUGGUUUAGUAGCUAUAACGCCGUCAUCUGGGUUUGUUCAACCAGGAUGGUCAAUAUUAAUAGCAAUUAUUGUAGUAUGUAUCGUGUACACUCUUUUGUUGCUAAAGAAGUAUAUGCGUUUCGAUGACACACUGGAUGUUGCACUCAUUCAUGGAUGCGGUAGGGAAAAUAUACAUAUUUUCAUAUAUGGACAUAAUUAUAUCAAUUACAUACAUAUAUUAACAGGAGGUGUCUCUGGAGCUUUUUUGGCUGGAAUGUUUUCACAGCAAUGGGUAAAUGAAGCUGGUGGUUUCGAUGGUGCAUUCUAUGGUCGCCCAGUUCAACUAUGGUAUCAAAUAGCUGGAAUACUCACGGCUAUUGUAUUUGCCGCUGCUUGUACUGCUGGUAUUCUACUCCCAUUACAUUGGACUAUAGGAAUUCGAUUGGCUAGAGAAGAUGAAAUGGAAGGUCUUGAUGUAUCAGCUCAUGGUGAAAGUUGGGAAGUGGCCGCAUCGCGAGCAUUCAGUAAAUUUGUGAAGGAAAUAGUUGAAGAAUAUAACAACAGCGCUAAUGCACAGAAUGUCGAAGAGAACGGUACAAUUGCUCUACAGUAUACAUCUGCGAGCGGAAAGCAACCGGCAAUCACCAUUCCGUUUCCAUCCGUAAAAGGCCUACAUCAGCCACCACCUAAACACCAUGCUGGUGCUGACAAACAAGAAAGUUCCAGUGUCAGCGAGGUUAUACGUUUUUAG